UGCAUUGCCCGCCUGCCUCCUCACCUGCACCUCACAUACGGAUAUACAACCUAGUCACGAAUAUUAUUUAAACUCAACGAUUAAAGAACAGUUUUCCUUUUCUAUCAUAUUAUAUUUAUUAUAGAAGAAGGGAACAAACAAGCAAGGGAUGUCCCAAUAUUAUAUGAUCCAACGCCUAUGGACUCCGCAAUGCCAAGGGAACCGCUUAUGCGUUGCCGGUCUUUACGGGAAUACACUACUUUGUGAAGUCCCCUAAAUCGUAACUAUUGUUACCGUUGUCUUUUUUGUCUGUCCUACUCGCCAUCAUUUUCAUCACCGUAAACAUUAGUAUUCGGACAUAAAAAUAAUAACGGUUCAUUGCUGAGUUAGAAUGAAAGAGCUCGUUUGGAAUGCGAUGAAUAUUUCAAAUUUGCAUGUUAUUUUGUGCAUCGACUGAGAGAGCUGACAUUUAAAUAUUAAUAAGUAUUGGUGUCGCGGCAACGUCGAGCUGAAUCAAAUAUUCGCUAUCGGGGGGCAAGCUUUGAACUCGACCCCAGCGGCAAAAAUAGAAUUAUCUUAUCCCAGCUCAGACUUCCUAGUGUUUAUGUGAAAACACUGGCCUGGUGAUGAAAAAACUCGGGCGGGCACUAGCCGCUGCCCGUCCUCACACCGUAAAUAAUAGCAAGAAAAUUACACAUUAGACAAAUCUAUCAUAAUAACAAACAAGAUUGUUUCCGCAACUAACAACCAGUAUGAACCUAAUAAUUUUAUUUGUCGGACAAUUUGCUGGCGUGACUUCGCCAAUAAUAUAAAAAUGACAAACACAAGACUUCUAAUAACAACCUAUCGAUGUACAAUUUUUCGUCAAUUUAACAAAAGACGUGUCCGGCGAAGUGUGGUGACAUUGAGGCUCCACAUAUAACUGGCCGAGCGUCUACCGGCCUUUACUCAGAGCGGCGACGAAAUGUGUAUCAGGAGGCAAGUGUUGCUGUGCUCGGUGGCCGCGCUGUUGGCGGCGGCGCUCGCUCUGGACGAAGAGAUGGCGGAGCUAGCGCGGAUGCUGCGCGAGUCGUGCGCAGAAGAGACCGGUGUCGAGCUGCGCCUCGUGGACGAGGUUAACGCCGGUGCCGCGCUGCCGCCCGACGACAAGCUCAAGUGCUACAUCAAGUGCGUGAUGGAAACGGCCGGUAUGAUGUCUGCGGGCGCCGUGGAUGUGGAGGCGGUGGUGGCCAUGCUGCCCGACGACAUGCGCGCUAAGAAUGAGGGUGCGCUGCGAGCGUGCGGGUCGCGCGCCGGCGCUGACGACUGCGACACCGCCUACCGCACGCAGUUAUGCUGGCAGCAGGCCAACCCGGCCGACUACUUCCUCAUAUAGCCCGCUGAGACGUGCAUCACUCAACCAAACAAUAUACGCAUUGAAAUUAAACAGCAACAUGACAGUCAAAUAAAAUGCACACAUUGUGUAUUAUCAUAUACUGCUUGUAUUACAUGUCCCCAAACUAAAUAAUAUGGUAUUCAAAUUAUUUAUUUAAAUAAUA